AUGAGUUUACUAAGCUGGAAUUGCCGAGGGCUUGGGAACCUGAGGGCUAUUCAAUUCCUUAAGGAAAUCGUUUUCCAAAAGAAACCCAAUGUGAUUUUUUUGUGUGAAACUAUUUGCAAAAAUGACAAGAUUAAUUAUGUCAAGAGGUUGUUGGGCUUUGAAGGGAGUUAUGUUGUUGAGGCUAGGGGUCAUAGUGGGGGCUUAGCAAUGCUAUGGAAGAAAGAAGAAGAAGGUCAGCUCCUUGGUUUCAGCCACAACCAUAUCGACUUGGAGGUUCGAAUUGAGGGUUGCCCGUUGUUUCGUGCGUCUGGGAUUUAUGGAGAGCCCCAGCGAAGUUUAAGAGGCAAUACUUGGCGAUUAAUUCACCAACUUUCAGGUCAGUAUUCUUUGCCUAGGUGUUUGUUUGGGGAUAUGAAUAAUACUUUGAGUCAUAGUGAUAAAAGAGGGGGUAGAUCCUACCCGAAUUGGCUUCUAAAUGGGUUCCAAGAUGUGGUCUCUGAAUGCCAUCUUAUUGACAUGGAGCUAAGGGGGUAUCCUUUUACUUGGGAAAAAGGGAAGGGUACUAGUCAAUGGGUUGAAGCCUCUCUUGAAAAUUUGGAAAUUACGGUGUCCGACCAUUGCCCAAUUUGGGUUAAUCUUGCCAUGUCAAAACCCAUUGUUUUCAAGAAGAAGUUUCGGUAUGAAAAUGCGUGGUCCCGAGAGCCUAUGUGUAGACAAAUUGUUCAAGCCAAUUGGGAUAGUACUCCCAAUAGUUCUCUCAACGUAAAGCUUCACUCCUGCAGUAUGGCUUUGGCCGAAUGGGGCAGUGAUAUCACUGGUUUUUUUAAUAAAAAAAUAAAGUCUUGCAACAAGAUUCUGAAAAAGUUGAAAGGUAGGAGUGACCAACUGGCUGUCUCGAAAUACAAGGAGACUCAAUCUCAGCUUUGUGAGGCUUUAACAAAGAAAGAGAUUUUUUGGAGACAACGGUCGAAGCAGUUGUGGUUACGACCAAAAUACCAAAUUGUUAAACUUAAGAAUAGCAAUGGAGUGUGGGUGGAUUGGGAUAGUGGCCUUCGGGAGGUUAUGGUAACUCACUUUACUGAUCUUUUCACUGCUUCGGGUUCGAAUGGGCAGCAGGUUAUUGACUGUAUUCCGGUCAAAGUUAAUGCUAAUCAAAAUCAAGAUUUGCUUCUUCAAGUUGAGGAUAUUGAGGUUCGUAAGGCUCUUUUUCAGAUGCACCCCGACAAGUCACCCAGUCCAGAUGGUUUUAAUCCCGAUUUUUACCAAAAACACUGGGACAUUGUGGAAAAGGAUAUAGUUGAUAUGGUCCAGCGUUUCUUCACUUCUGGUGAGUUCCCUGAGUAUCUAGCCGAGACCAACAUAGUGCUUAUACCGAAAAAAUCUCAACCAGUAAGUAUGAAUGAUUUGCGGCCGAUUGCUUUAUGUAAUGUUAUCUACAAGAUUGUUUCUAAAGUGUUGGCGAAUAGACUCAAAGGGGUUCUUUCAAAAGUUAUUUCAGAGACACAAAGUGCUUUUCUACCAGGGCGUCUAAUUACGGAUAAUAUUUUGGUUUCGUAUGAGAUAAUGCACUAUCUUAAACGGAAGCAAAAAGGAAAAAAGGGCUUCAUGGCUAUUAAACUGGAUAUGAGCAAAGCGUAUGACAGAGUGGAAUGGAGUUUUUUAGAAGCUGUGUUGAGAAAAUUGGGGUUCCAGGAGCAGGUGAUUCGUUUAAUUAUGAAAUGUGUUGGCACAGUUAGCUAUAACUUUGUGGCAGGGGGACAAGAAGUGGGGCCGAUUAUUCCUAGUAGAGGAUUAAGACAAGGAUUUUCUGCUCUAUUAAGAGACUUUGAGAAGAGAGGUAGACUUCAUGGUUGCAAGGUUGCUAGGGGAGCUCCUAUGGUUUCCCACAUGCUUUUCACGGAUGAUAGUUAUAUCUAUUGUCAGGCUUCAGAGGAGGGUGCUUUGAGUAUGAUGGAAUUAUUGGAUUGUUUCCAAAUUGCUUCGGGCCAACAAGUGAAUCUUCAGAAGUCUUCUUUGUUCUUCAGUCCGAAUACAUCUCCAGAAGAUAGAAACAAAAUUUGUACCAUUAUGGGGAUUAAUGAGGCUGGAGAAAAUAGCUUUUAUCUAGGUCUUCCUAAUACUUUGGGGCGGAAUAAGACUGCUUUGCUUGGGUUCUUGAAAGACAAGAUGAGGAAGAAAAUUCAGAGUUGGGAAGGAAGAUUUCUGUCUAAGGCGGGUAAAGAAUUGCUUAUCAAAACCGUGGCACAAUCUCUCCCGAGUUAUGCCAUGAAUGUCUUCUUAUUACCAAUUGAAACUUGUCAAAAGAUGGAGCAAUUAAUGUGCAAAUUUUGGUGGCAAGCCUCCACCAAAAAUAACAAAGGGAUCCAUUGGAAGAGUUGGGAUAGAUUAACUGAGCAUAAGUCCAAAGGAGGAAUGGGCUUUCGUAACCUUCGUGAUUUUAAUAUCAGUUUGUUGAGUAAACAAGGGUGGCGUCUCUUGUGCCAGCCACAUUCUUUGGUGGGAAGAAUUUUCAAAGCCCGAUACUACAAGAAUGGUGACUUUCUCUCGGCAGAACUAGGAGGCAACCCAAGUUUUGUCUGCUGUAGUAUUCUUGAAGCUCAAGAUGUGGUUCGAGAAGGGGUUAGACGUCGAAUUGGUAAUGGGUCUUCGGUGAGUGCUCUUCUUGAUGCUUGGCUGCCCGAUGAUGAUAAUCCAAAAGUAACCUCUACUCACCCAGCCUUGUUGGGCCAAUGUGUUAAUUCGUUGAUGGUUUCUGGGGAAUGUUCAUGGGAUGUCGACUUGGUACUUGAUCUGUUCAAUAACCGGGAUGCUCAUUUAAUACUUAGCAUUCCCUUAUCUUCAAGUCGAGUAGAUGACACUUGGUAUUGGUGUUUGGAAAAAACUGGGCAUUUCACAGUAAAAUCAGCGUACAAGUCCCUUCAAGUCCGUAAAGAGACGGGUUCCCAACCGAAUAGCUCUCCGGUUUGUAAUGGUAUUUGGAAACUACGUGUUCCUCCCAAGGUCAAAGAUCUUUUAUGGCGUGCGGCUUCAGAAUGUCUCCCUACAAAAACAAGAUUGCAAUCUAGACAAGUGCAAGUCGACAAUCUCUGUCCUAGCUGUUGGGAGCAUGCAAGUAUUGAUAGGGAUGUUCAAGGUGUUGUUUCUUUUGCUGGUUGGUUGGAAAAAAUGUUCAAUCGAGUGGAUGAGGCUACUAGAAUUAGCAUUGUCGUGACUUGUUGGGCCCUAUGGAAAACUAGAAAUGAUUUGGUUUGGUCUAAUAAGAGUUCUACAGCUGCUAAUGUAACUCUUCUUGCCCAAACUACUCUUGCUAAUUGGUCUCAAGCACAGGAUAAGGCUUUAGUCGCUACCCCCGGCUUUUUCACUGAAGCAGAUGGCUUGGAUAAAUGGCAAAAGCUGACUGCUCCCACCAUUAAAAUCAACACAGACGCUGCAAUAUUUGACAGCAAUGGUUCAUACCGUUUCGUGUGUGUGGCAAGAAAUGCAGCAGGGGAGAUGUUGGAGGCUUUAACAAGCUGUCGUGCAGGGAUAGUGCAACCUGAAUUGGCAGAGGCCAUGGGAGUUCGAGAGGCCCUUAGCUGGAUCAAAAAGAAGGGUUGGAUUGGUACAAUUGUUGAAACCGAUUGUCUAACCGUUGUUCAAGCAAUUCGGAGUAAUCUUCCUUUACUUUCUUAUUUUGGGAGUAUUAUAUCGGAUUGUAAAGAGUUACUAAAACAAUUGUGUGGUGUUUCUGUUAAUUUUGUUAAACGGUCUGCUAAUAGUGUUGCUCACUCGUUUGCUCGAGCUUCCUAUUUUAUUGCUGAUCGUACUCUUUCAAGCAACGAUGUGUCUACUGAGUUGCUUCAUGUAAUCAUGAAUGAUUGCAAUUAA